CUCCACCGCAGCCUAGGCGUCGGCGACGUGUGGAUCGCCGAUCACACUGAUGAGCUCAGGCAGGAGUAAUAGAUACCAGAGAGAUGCGGCUUUUAUCGCUGCUUCUGGGGCUCCUGUGCCCCGCAACGUUGACCUCAGAAGGCGGCCAUGAGGAUCAGAGAUGGCGUCAAUAUGUGAACCGCAUCCACAAGAGAGUGCAGAGUCAUGAGCCUUGCCACAACCACACCUGCUACAACUGGCUCAUCCAGCAGGACCUCGCACCAUUUCAGUCUGGGAUUCCCCAUGAAUUAAUGAAGGACAUCCUCAGCCGGAAACUGGGGACCCAUUAUCAGAUAGUAAAGCAUCGCCUGUACCGGGAGGAUGACUGCAUGUUCCCCGCCCGCUGUAGCGGGGUGGAGCACUUCCUCCUGGAGCUCCUGCCAGAUCUACCGGAUAUGGAGAUGGUGAUCAAUGUUCGGGAUUAUCCUCAAGUUCCCCAUUGGAUGACCCCAGUCAUCCCCAUCUUCUCUUUCAGUAAGACAUCAGAGUACAAGGACAUCAUGUAUCCAGCCUGGACAUUUUGGGAGGGGGGCCCGGCUGUGUGGCCCAUCUACCCCACUGGGCUGGGGCGCUGGGACCUGAUGCGGGAGAAACUGGCACGGGCGGCAGACCACUGGCCAUGGGAGAAGAAGGUAUCCAAAGGGUACUUCAGGGGGUCCAGAACGAGUCCUGAGCGGGACCCCCUGAUACUGCUGUCCCGUGAGAGCCCCAGCCUGGUGGACGCAGAGUACACCAAGAACCAGGCCUGGAGGUCUGAGAAGGACACCCUGGGGCGACCACCAGCCAAAGAAGUUCCAUUAGUGGAUCACUGUGCAUUUAAGUACCUGUUUAAUUUCCGGGGGGUUGCGGCCAGUUUCCGCCUGAAGCACCUCUUCCUGUGCGGCUCGCUGGUGUUUCAUGUCGGAGACGAGUGGCAGGAGUUCUUCUACCAUCGCCUGGAGCCGUGGGUGCACUACAUACCCGUGGAGCAGGACCUGUCUGACGUGCGGGAGCUGCUGGAGUUUGUGAAGGCCAAUGAUGAGGAGGCGCAGAGGAUAGCGGAGAGGGGGCAGCAGUUCAUCCGCGAGCACCUACGCUUGGAGGACGUCUCCAACUACUGGCGGGCGCUCCUCACCCACUACUCUCACCUGCUCACAUAUCGCGUCAAACAGCGAAAGGGUUACCGGGAGGUGACCAGGACGCCGGGGCACAGUGAACUCUGACCUCUCGUGUGGUAAUACGCCUGAUGACGUCAGCCUGUGGGGGAGGGGGGUAUCUGCAGCCCCACCUACUGUAUCUCCAGAAUGACCCUCAGAUGGGACCGUGAAAUCUGAGGACAGGCUCCUCCCCUCCUAGCAGUGGGUGGAGCAGCACAAUAAAGGGGUGGAGCCUCAUCACCGCGCUCCGCUCCAGUCGGGUCUCAGCCGAGCAGAGGAAUCAUUUUUCUACAUUAAAAUUUUCACAUAAAAGUCUUAAAGUCA